CAAGUACUAACCAAGUGAUCAUCAGGACACCACACCAUGGCCAGUAGCUCUAAAGGGAAAGAUAACAUAUCGGCCAUAGCGAAACAUAUCGAUGCAGAGGGUUAUGAAAUGCCAUGGGUGGAGAAAUAUCGACCGGUCUUAUUGGACGAUAUAGUAGGGAAUACCGAUACGGUAGAGAGGUUGAAAGUUAUUGCUGAAGAUGGGAACGUACCUCAUAUCAUCAUUUCUGGAAUGCCAGGAAUAGGCAAAACUACUUCUAUCCAUUGUCUCGCUCAUGCUCUCUUGGGAGAAUCUUACAAAGAAGGUGUCUUAGAGCUGAACGCGUCAGAUGAGAGAGGUAUAGAUGUAGUGAGGAAUAAAAUUAAAAGUUUCGCUCAGAGAAAAGUUACAUUACCUCCUGGUCGACAUAAGAUUAUUAUCCUUGAUGAGGCUGAUUCGAUGACUGCCGGUGCUCAGCAAGCUUUACGAAGGACAAUGGAGAUAUAUUCCAAUACCACCCGAUUCGCCCUCGCUUGCAAUAUGAGUAAUAAAAUCAUAGAACCUAUUCAAUCUCGUUGUGCUAUUUUACGAUAUAGUAAGUUGAAAGAUGCGGAGGUAUUGAAACGAUUGAAAGAACUCUGUGAGAUGGAGGAUGUAAAACACAACGACGCCGGUUUAUCCGCACUCAUCUUCACAGCCGAAGGUGACAUGCGUCAAGCUAUCAACAAUCUUCAAUCCACACAUUCUGGUUUCGGAUUCGUCUCACAAGAUAAUGUUUUCAAGAUCUGUGAUCAACCUCAUCCUAUAGUCGUUCGACACAUGAUCAAAGCUUGUCAGAAAGGUGAAAUUGAUGAUGCUUUAGCGAGGAUUAACGAGUUGUGGGAUCAGGGUUAUAGUGCUGUGGAUAUAGUGACGACUGUAUUUAGGGUGACUAAAGGUAUGGAAGAAUUACCAGAGGUGUUAAAGUUGGAUUAUAUCCGGGAAAUAGGUUGGACGCAUAUGCGUAUACUUGAAGGUGUGGGGACGCUUGUACAAUUAGGAGCUAUGGUAGCUCGGCUUUGUCGGGUUACCAUGCCUCCAUCGUCACUGCGACUUUGAAAUUGUGACUGGUACAUUUUCAUCGAAAGCUCAAAACAAGAAAGUCAUUCUUCAUUCAAUGCAGAUGCAUAUCGUUUUGCACGG